ACUCUUCACUGGGCAACUCCUAAUACAAAAGAUAGAAUGCUGGAGGCUGGUGCCUCCCAAGUACCUCAACCCAAAGCAGGAACUAGACGCAGCUCUGAGCAAGGUUUGCUGUAUAGCAGGAGACAAGAAUCUGUCACAGUUUCCAGACCCACUGAAGGAUGGGAACGAGAUUCUUCGGAUGUUAUGAAAAAGUUCAGGAAUUAUGAAAUUUAAGAAAUUUAAAUUACGUAUUAUACUUGCAAACCCUAGAAAGAGCCUCGAUGAAAGUCAUAAAAGUCUAAGAUUUCUUGAAAACUCGUGGCUAUUUGGUCAAAAGAAUUGUUUUGCCACGAGUGUUAUAUAAUAAAUAUUUUUAAGAGAGGAAUAUGUGAUGUGAUUUUAGGUUUAUAAUUUGUUUAUGUACAGUGGUAAAGCCCAAUAAUUAUACGCAGUAAUUGGCAAAGCUAAGUUUUAAGUGAUGCAAGUAAUGGAAGCUAAAUUAAUUACACUUGAUAUUUGCAAUAACUGGAGAGAACGUUAAAACAUUAUCGAAUAUCAAUAAAAUCAAACCAGUUAGACCGGGGAAAAUAUAUAUUUUUGAGAGGAGGUGCAACAGAGCUUAGUUACCAAUUUAAAAUUAUAUUGCUCCCCUCAAAAAAAUGUCUAACAAAUGAAAAAUUGCCAGUAUUGUGAUAAAUGCAAACAAAAGGGUGAUAAGGAUUAAGGUAAUUUACACCAGGAAUAACACGGUGAAUGACUCAUUUUUAACACCCCGUAAACACAUGUGUGAAUUUAGUAACGCCAAAGAUCGAAGUGUGUACCCUUUUUUUUUCUAACCGGAAUAUACUUUAAUUCUCUUAACCCAACCUUCCCUUCCCUGCCACUCAGUUUCACUCCCACUCAUAUAGCGUAGUAAAUAAGUGAGUAUAUUGUACAUUUUAUAAAAUCAUUGCGAGGACAUUUUAAUGAUUGGAGGCAUUCUGUAUUUACCGAGUUAGUCCUUCCAGACAUUUUCUAGGAAGGAUGCUGUCAACUAAUCCAUUUGGAAAUUCAUUUGCAACAAAUUCAGGUAGUGAACUAAAAAAAAACUAUAUGCUUACUAAUUUUAUAAACAGGUCAAUCAAAGUAGACUUUCUAUUACAGGUAAAUUUCUAAACUUGUACAUUAUUUUUGUGAGUCACUUAACUAUAAAUGUACAUUUCAUAUAUUACAUAACGUGGCAUGUA